UUUUUUUUUUUUAUUUUUGUAUAUAAACAUCCACUUUUUGUAUUGAAAAAAAAAAUUGUCACUUUUAUAUCACUAACAAAUAAAAUGUAUCAAGAAAAUACAAUGAACGAAAGUGCUUGCACUUUUGACAACAACAACAACAAUAAUAGUUAUGAUUAUCAAACACCCAUUAACGUCCCUUGGAUCCAUGGUACCAACAGACAUAGUCCACCUCCACCAUUGAUGAUGAUGCCAGUAGGAUAUGAACAACAUCCACUAUGCCAAUCAGUAAUGACAACACCACCAAGUGCAUCAGCGAGAUAUUAUGGACAAUAUCAUCCUCUUCCUCAAUCAUCCUUACAACAAGAUAUGUGUCAACCUUUGAUAAUGGAUGAUUAUGCUAGCAAUGUAUCUUCACCUGAAUUACAAACUGGACCUUUAUUAUUACCACCUUCUCCUACGGAUAUUCUAUCAUCAUCUUCUUCACCUACAAUCGAUGAUCAAUGGAUGGAUUUAUACUCUCCGCCACCUCUUCAUCAUCCACCUUAUUUAAUGGAACAACGACACUCUUUUGAUGAUGCUCUUUAUUUUUCCAAGCAACAACAAGUACUUCCUCUUCAUGAUGAUAUCGUAUGUGACUCUAUGCAGUGCCCUUAUUCCUGUAACAACAAUGAUAGUAUUGGAUAUUCUAGAUCGGAUUCACCCAUGUCAGCCCCUUCUUUGAUGAUGAUGCCUCCUCCAUCUUCGUCACCAUCAUCCUCUUCAGCUUCAACAAGAUCAAAUAUACCUCCUACUAGUAAUCAACAUUAUCAUCCUCGUUGUCCUCCGUCAUCAUCAUCUAUCGCCGCCACCACUACUGAUGUUCGCCACUAUCAAUGCCAUAUAUGUGAUAGACGAUUUGCACGCAAACAUGACUUACAACGCCAUAUCCGGGUUCAUACAGGGGAUAAACCAUAUGCUUGUUUAUGUUGUAAAAAGGCAUUUGCUCGUACUGAUGCUUUGAAACGACACUUACGAAUGGAAGAAAUUUGUCGUACAUCUCCUCAAGUUCAAGCUAUGAAAGGUGCUGGAAAACGUCGUUACAAGAACCUUUGAUCGAAAUAUAAGAAAAAAAAAAAACCUCAAAACUGGAAAUGCAGCGGUGUUUGUAUUUAUACUUGGUCCCUCUCUCUCUCUCUCUACCUUUUUUUUUUCUCUCUUUCCCUCCCUUUCUUUAUUAUAUUCAUUUUAUAUUCAUAUAUCAUCAUUUUCAUUUCUAUUCUUCUAUACCUUUUUUUUUUUUUUUUUUUACUUCUUAUGGCCCGUUGACGGAUUGUUAAGGGAAAAAAAGAAAA